AUGUGGAUCUCCGCCCACAUACUUAUCGCGGAAUAUGCCUUAAAUUUUGAACUGAGGCUAAGGUUUAUCCCUCAGUCUGCGUAUGAGCUCUUGCUGACUGAAUCCAACGCAUUCUUCUACCUCAAUGAACAGGUUUUCGAGGAUUUCCUUGGACAUGUUGCCUGGAAGGUCAGCCUUGAAGCUGCACUUGAACUGGCUGCCCUGAAAGUAUGCCGGGAUUGCCUCGAAAAGCAAGUCAAGUCCUGCCUUGAUCACAAGGUCGACAUUGACACCAUCAAUAUGGACUCGGCUAUGCAAGCGUUCAUUCCAAAAUCCGUUCUCUGUGGUGGGAACGUCAAA